CGCGUGCGUGCGUGUGUUGUGCACACCAUCAUGGCGGAACCCGUGGAGCUGUUCUGCUGGGGAGGCGGCUGGGAUCUGCCGUCCGUGCACACAGACUCUCUCGUCGUGCUGGUAACAACACGGCUUAUUUCAACGCUUGUGCUGUAUGCAUAUUUGAAAAUGUAAUUUUUAAUCACGAACGUCGAUGGAUUUUUGGAUAGACGUGUUCUGUGCUGGGAUCCGGAUAGCUGCAUAUGUCAAAUUUUCAGGUGCAAAGCUUGCAGUAAAGUCUAUUGACUGGACAUGGAGGACUAUCACAGCAUCUGUGCCACAACUACACUAUGAGGGAACCACAGUCACAGAACCAACACAAAUUCUAAACUUCCUACGAAAACAGAGAUUCAAUGCCGACUUUGAGUUGACAGCUAAGCAAGGUGCAGAUACAAUGGCUUAUAUCGCCCUCCUGGAGGAAAAGCUGCGGCCAACUCUGCUGCACACAUUCUGGGUGGACGCAGAGAACUAUGCUAAUCUGACCCGACCCUGGUUUACGUCACAUUCCCCGUUCCCCCUUAACUUCUUUGUACCGGGUCGACAGGCCAGCUUGGCUCUGUCCCGCAUCUUACUGACCAAAGCAGAGUCGCCAUUGCUGAACAUCACAGAAGUAGAGGGAAAGAUCUACAGUGAAGCCAAAGAGUGCCUGAAUUUGCUUUCCCACAGACUUGGGAACUUCCAUUUCUUCUUUGGAGACACGCCUACAAGCCUGGACGCCUUUGUGUUUGGCCAUAUCGCCCCUCUAUUUAAAGCCCCUCUGCCCAGUGGGCAGCUUCAGAAGCACUUGAACCAACUUGAUAACCUCUGUCAGUUCUGCAACGCCAUCCUUAAAAACUACUUUACCGAUCCCCCUGCUGAGAAGAGAAUGGACUGCUCACCAACGGCUAACCAUGAUCCUGUCGAUGCAAACCUCCAGAAACUCACACAACUUGUUAACAAAGAGUCCAACCUUAUUGAAAAGAUGGAUGACAAUCUUCGCAGCAGUCCGCAGCACAGACCGCACAGACAUGAGACCAAACCCUUGGCCCUGGCCGGCGAGAGGAUCUCCACCCCUCCCUGAUAAACAAAGCACACACUUUACCCUCAUUUAUUUAUUUUCCAUUGAAACUGAAAUAUUUCCAAAUGUUAUUUAUAAUUUAACAUUCUUGUGCAGUCAUAAUAAAUGAAUACUAGCUUUUCAUAAUGAAGUUGUUGAAAUGUGUUACACAAUCUAACGCUCAAACCACCAACAACAUACAGUAAAGGGCUUGUUAAAUCUGUUGUAUUUAAAAAUCACUAACACAUAUAAACAUUAAUCUGACAUUUGGUGACUUAAGAUACAAAUGCCAUAGUUUAAAAGAAAAGUGAGUCGCAUUUUCCAGGAUAAGUUUUCCUAGCGGUCAUUGGCUUUUCACACACCAUUGUAUAUGAAUGCACUA